AUGCUGGCCGGGGCAAUAGGCUGGAGCGACAACCCGCCCGUGCUCGACGGGACAGCACUGUCAGAAACGUAUACUAACUUUUCAAACUACGGCUUCGUCAGCAUCCCCAGCGACUCGGACAUGGCCAGUGCAAUCUCUUCGUUCAUGGUGGGCGCCAUUGCCAUCAUGGACGGGUCGAAUGCCCUGACGCGGAAGAAUGUGACUGACGGCGAAAUGCCCAUUGAUGCCCAGAUCCUUCGUGUUCAGUGGAGAUACGCUGGGUCUAUUUUGGCGGUUAUUCCGUUUAUCCACUUCCGGACGCUCAUGGCCGUCAUUGUCUGGGCGAACAAGGCGAUCAUCAAGGAUGACACUCACCUUGCCAUUGCGAAGCUCUACCAUACGUUUCUCUCGCAGCUGGGUGAUGGCGGAUGUUUGCUACGUGGGGACGAAAUCGUCCAGGCUCUCCAUAAUCCCCAGGUGGCGUAUGGUUGGAGGCCCAGUCGUGAACAUGAUGGUGCCAUGCAUGUGGAUGUGUUUGAGAAAGGAAGGGAUGGACUCAGGGCCGAGGGGCCGUUUGUUGAAGGCUGGUAUGAUGGAAGCAGCAAGAUAAGAAACAACAAAUCCAUCAAGAUUGGAGAUGGUCUUGGCCAGAGGCGGAGGUAUCGGGACGUCGACGCGGCGGAGUAUGUCUUGAGACGAUUCGAGCGCCGGGAUUGGAUCAUUGGAAUUGUUGUCUUGCACUGCUCGAACCGAAGGACUUAUGUUCGCCGAAACUUCGCCAUCUGA